AUGAUUUAAUAAGCAAAUUUAAAGUUAAAAUGUUAAGUAGAUGAGCAUAAGGAAGAGAUUGAUUUUGUUUGUUAUGAUUAAUUUUGUACAGGAUUUCGAUUAUAAUGUUUUGAAUGUUUUAAAAAGGGAAUCCAUAAUAAUCAUAUUAAUGAUGUCAAAAAAAUAAACACUUUGAUGUAAUUCCUUGAAAAUAAUAAUAAAGAUUGUGAUAAUUUAAUUGAUGAUCUUAAUAAAUAUAUAGAAAAUGUAAAUUAAUCAUUUUCUUAAUUAAAAAGAGGAAUCACAAAUAAAUAUUCAUUAUUAAAAGAAAGAUUAGUUAAUUUGGAUUCUUGUUAAAUUAAUGAUUAUUUGAAUUCAACUAUUUAAUUAAAUGAAUAUAAAUAAUCUAUUUCCAAAAUUAUUGAAGAAUAAACUAAGAAUAUAUCUCAUUCAUUUAAUAAUUUAUAUUAAUAAUUAUAAUUAUCAUCAUUUAAUUAUUAUUAACUUGAUGAAAAUGAUAUUAAAUUAUCUGAAGAUCUAUAUAAAUAGGGUAUUUAUUUAAUAAUUAAGAUUUUAGGUUAUUAAUUAUAUUUGGAUAAAAAGUAUAAUGAGGCCAUAGAACAAUUAGAUAAAUCAAUUUAAAUAAAUCCUAAUAACUAGGUAUCUAUAAGUUGUAAAGGUAUACUUAAUAAUCUUUAUAUUAAUAGGUUAGUGUUUAAGGUUGUUAAAUAAAUUUGAAGAUGCAAUCACUUGGUUGGACAAAGCAUUAGCUAUUGACCCCAAACAUGUUGUUUCCUUAAGUGAUAAAGGUAUACUUAAUAAUCUUUAUUUUAAUAGGUUAGUGUUUAAGGUUGUUAAAUAAAUUUGAAGAUGCAAUCACUUGGUUGGACAAAGCAUUAGCUAUUGACCCCAAACAUGUUAGUUCGUUAUGUAUUAAAGGUAUACUUAAUAAUCUUUAUAUUAAUAGGUGAUUGUCUAAGAUUUUUAAAAUAAUAUGAUAAAUCUUUAACAUUUCUUAAUCAAGCACUGUCCAUCAAUCCUAACCAUACUUUUAGUCUUGAUCGCAUUGGUAUAUUUUGAUAAAUAUUAAGGUAACUGUCUACAAGAUUAAGAGAAAUAUUAAUAAGCUCUGAUAUAUUAUGAAAGAAAAUUAAAGAUUUAACCUAAUGAUCAAUGGACCAAAAAUUAAAAGGGUAUUCUUAUUUUCUUAAUAUAGAAUUUUGUGAAAAGAAAUUGAAAAAUUGA